GAAAUGUUGACAAAGCAAGUUGGCUACCACCGGUGGAGGAAGCAAAAACCAUUGCUGAUCAUUUUGUAGAUUAACUUUACUGAAAUAUCCGAUGCAUACUUCACGAUGACCUGAGAUAUUGUAUUAGGUGUCUGUUCGCUUGUGUGGCUGCACAACAAUUUGUACACACAAGUAGACGAUACUCUGGAAAUAGUUUUCGCCUAACCUGUGAUCCAUGAAAAACGUGAACAAGAAGACCCCAAUAGUAACAUUACUGUCGUCAGUAUGGACAUCCAAAACGAGAGUAGAAGGCUGCUGGAUGCGGAGGAUGGAGAUGAGGACCUUACUGGACUCAUGUCUGAGCAAGAUGCUUAUCUGAGUAAAGUGAAAAACAGGAAUCUGUACUUGGCAACGUUUGUGUCUGUUCUUGGUCCCAUGAGCUUCGGGUUCGUGUUGGGGUACAGCUCCCCUGCCAUCCCAGAACUUACCAGUAUCAGUGACCCUCGGCUGCGGCUGGACGCUAACCAGGCCUCCUGGUUUGGGUCCAUAGUGACGGUGGGGGCGGCGGCCGGCGGCCUGCUGGGCGGAUGGAUGGUGGAGAGGUUCGGCCGGAAGCUCAGUCUGAUGUUCUGCUCGCUGCCGUUCGUCUUCGGGUUCACCAUGAUCAUCGCAGCUCAGAACGUGUGGAUGCUGUACGUCGGAAGAGUGCUCACCGGCCUCGCCAGCGGGGUCACCUCACUGGUGGUCCCGCUGUAUAUCUCUGAGAUGGCCCAUGAGCGGGUACGCGGGACCUUAGGCUCCUGUGUGCAGCUCAUGGUGGUGAUAGGGAUCAUGGGAGUGUAUCUCGCAGGGCUCUACCUAGACUGGCGCUGGCUGGCAAUCUGCUGCUCCAUCCCGCCUACGCUGCUGAUGGUCUGCAUGUGCUUCAUGCCAGAGACGCCGCACUUCCUUCUGUCACAGGGCAAGAGGCGGGAGGCCGAGGAGGCGCUGCGUUUCCUGCGAGGUCCGGACGCCCCCAUCGAAUGGGAGUGCGCCCGCAUCGAGGACGCCUGUAAUGAGGAGGGCUCUAGAUUCCAAAUGUCCGACCUGAAAGACCCUGGAGUCUACAAGCCUGUGAUGAUCGGGGUCAUGUUGAUGAUAUUUCAGCAGAUGACGGGAAUCAACGCCAUCAUGUUCUACGCAGAGAACAUAUUUGAACAGGCACAUUUUAAGGAGAGUGACCUGGCCUCGGUGAUCGUGGGUCUGAUUCAGGUCGUCUUUACGGGAGUGGCCGCGCUGAUCAUGGACAGAGCUGGAAGAAAAAUCCUUCUCAUCAUCUCAGGUGUUGCCAUGGCGAUCAGCACCACAGCUUUCGGGGUUUACUUCUACCUGGUGUCUAAAAAUCACCCCCCCACACUGGGACACUUGGUGCUGGACAUCCAGAGCACAGCGGGCGAGGAACCCCAUGCUGACCUGGCCUGGCUGGCCCUGGCCAGCAUGGCUGUCUUCAUCACAGGUUUCGCUCUCGGUUGGGGUCCCAUCCCGUGGCUGAUUAUGUCGGAGAUCUUCCCGUACAAAAUUAGGGGGGUGGCCAGCGCAGUGUGCGUCCUCACCAACUGGAGCAUGGCUUUCUUCAUCACCAAAACCUUCCAAGACAUGAUGAGUCUUCUGAGCAGCGCAGGAACCUUCUGGCUCUUCGCCUCCAUGUGCACUGCCAACGUUAUCUUCACCAUCGCCUUCGUCCCAGAGACAAAGGGCAAGACACUGGAGCAGAUCGAAGCCAUCUUCAGAGGGACGUCAGGUCCAUGAAGGCCCUCCUGCAGAAACACACAUGACAUAAACUGAAAAGUCCCAGACCUUAUAUAUCUGGGCGGACUAAUCCUCAGGACUCUGCGCGGGCAUUUAAACUUUUUUUUUCAGUCAGUAUGAUUUAAAGUCAAAUUUAUAAAAUAAUUUUGUUCAAGGAUUUAUUGGAAAGUUGUUAUAACAACUGUAAUAUGUAAUGAAUGUCACAAUGUGGGCGAACGCGUUACAACGGCCCAAAACACUUCCAUUAGGAGUAACGUGUUGCAGUUUUAAAAAAUAAUGCAAAAAAAACCCACAAAUGUGACAAAACACAUGCAAAUUAAGAACCAUCUUCAACUUGACAGCACAUGCCCAGCAUUUCGAAAACCUUCACCAACUUGAGGAAACAUGCAAAGCGUUUACUAAAAGCAGAUUCAAAACACUGCAAAUAAAAAAAAGCUGUUUCCAUUUUGUUUUGAGCUUCUUGCAGUGAUUCGUUUGUGCAGCGAUUGUAAGAAACUCUGCGUAUGUUACGUCAAGUUGGUGAAGAUGUUUCUUCCUUUGGAUGUGUUUUGGCACUUUAGAAUGUUUAUAUUUACAUCGAUUUUCAGUGCAGCGCUUUUCUCCUUCCUGUGAUUUGGGCCGCUGUCGCGUGUUUGCGUGGAUCGGCCACUGUAGAAUGCUUUACAUAUUGCUUUCUAAAGGUGUUUUUUUACUAAAUUCAACAGAUGCAGUGUCUUAAUGUAUUACAUUGUGUCCAUUUUUUUACAUAAUUUGGUGUUAUUAGAUAAUGUGUUGGUUUUAUUGAAAUAAUUCAGCUGCCUGAGAUCAUUUUUGCAGGGUGUGGUUUAUGAAUGAACUGUAUUGAUUUUUAAUGAAGUCUGUUAAUAAUAUUUUGUACAUAAUGAGUGAGGUGAGAUUACACUAAACUCAUCUCUAAGCGUUGACCAAUCACAACAGAGCCGGUCAGCUAACCAAUCAGAGCAGACUGGGCUCUGGUUUCAGACAGAGGGUGAAAAGAGGUGCUGCAGCACAGGCAGUAUGAGAAAAAUAAAGAGCUUUUUGAACAUUAAAGCAUGUGAACAUGUCGCAGCACAAAAUACAAAUAUGGACCUGACAGUUAGCAAGGUCCCUUGAAACAAAGAAUUUUGCAGAAUCUUUAUCGUACUGAUGUUUUGGGAGGCGAAUUAUUUAUGUGACUGGAGUCUGACUAAUUGUUAAUCUAACCGUAGUUUACAUCAUCAGAGAAAUGAAGUGAAACUUGAACAGAUUCUCUAAUGCAAAGCUUUUCGAAGCAUCUAUCAACAACACUGCAAACUCUGUUUUUUUGGUAACUUAUGUAAUAUUCGGCUCUUAUUUUGUUUAAAUUAAAUGUUUUACAAUUGUACUUUCUGUUUACAAAUGUACUCUGAGUUCAGUCUGAACGGGAGCAAAUGAAGCUCUUUGUUGUUGGUGUUUCUUAUACCAUUGCUAUUAAAGAAUUUCAACUUUAUUAUUAUUAUUAUUAAAGGACAGCCUGGGAUGCAGAAGGCAGAAAGAAUACCCUUUUAAAAAUGAUGGCAGGAUGAUCUAUCCGUACGAAAUACGUGAAAUUACAAUUCAUUUAUAACCGAAUAUUCAACAUUAAUUUCAGGUGUUGUGUUGAAGGGGCUGAAACAGUUUUGAACCUCUGAUUUUCGCUUUUUUUUUACUUUUACAUUCUUGUCAGGUAUUGUUUUGGAUUUCUGAUGAUUUCUGAUUAAAUGAGCCACAGUUGGACAAAGA